CAUUGACACACGCCUUCACCACCUUCAUCCGCCCUCUCGACAACGUCCUGCCCUCCCUCAACGCCCUCCCCCACCAGCCUCGUCACCAUGCACACCAGCGAGUACGACUACCUCUUCAAGCUCCUCCUCAUCGGCGACUCCGGUGUCGGCAAGUCGUGUCUGCUGCUCCGUUUUGCCGACGACACGUACACGGAAAGCUACAUCAGUACCAUUGGAGUCGACUUUAAGAUCCGGACGAUUGAGCUGGAGGGCAAGACCGUAAAGCUGCAGAUUUGGGACACGGCUGGGCAGGAACGGUUCCGCACGAUCACGUCUUCGUACUACCGUGGCGCACACGGUAUCAUUGUUGUCUACGACGUGACCGAUAACGACACCUUCACGAAUGUUAAGCAGUGGCUCCAGGAGAUCGACAGAUAUGCGUCUGAGGGUGUCAACAAGCUACUGGUUGGUAACAAGUCAGAUUUGACGAGCAAGAAGGUUGUGGAGUACAGUGCCGCGAAGGAAUUCGCCGACCAACUCAACAUCCCCUUCCUCGAGACGUCGGCGAAGAACGCCACCAACGUCGAACAGGCUUUCUUGACUAUGGCGAAGCAGAUCAAGGACCGCAUGGGCUCAAGCUCGUCAACUGUUGGCGGUACGGGCAAGUCGUCGACGAUCACACCAGGCCAGACCGUCACUCAACAGUCCUCGGGCGGAUGCUGCUGAGUGGUUUCUCGCUUUACUGGCCUUCGGGGUCCAGCCACUCUAUCAUAACUGGGCGCGUAGAGUGACCGGAAAUGGUUUCUGGAGGGGUUCUCUGCUACAUUAUCUAUGCUUACAGCACUAGUCUACGUGUUGUCGGACUCGUCUGUCUCAUAUUGUCACUCAAUGGUUUUCUUCACCCUUGUGCGGCUGAUGUCCGGUCAUGAUACAAGGAUGUUGUCUUUUCUCGAAAUCACAUUUCCUCGUUGCAUCA